GUUAGUCGUAUUAUGCUGGAUUAUCCCCAAAGGCCUCGGCAAGCAACAGGUGCUGAGAGAGAAGGCCGGUGUUAUACAAGGAGGGCACAGCUCACGCUACCCUCGGAUGCCACCAGAUGUGCGACUGCAGCAGCAGUUCGGACAGAGUGUGCCAGUGAUGCUCCCUGGGGACCUGUAUCGUGGCUACGGUGCACAGGAGGAGGCACGGAGAAGAGUGGGAGUGAGAAAAGGACGGAGCACGGCUGAGAGACCGGACUCGGAGCGGGCGAGCACAGCUGUCGAUGGCCACGGGCUCUCCUCCUCUCCUCCGCCAGCCCCUCUCCCUAUCUCCAGGCCUUCUGGGAGCAGGGCCGGGGCCAAGCAGGGAGCUGCGGAGUGGGCUGCCACGGCGGGCGGCUAUCCCCGCCGGCUACGUGCGCCUCGGCAUUGGGCGGCAGGAGAAAUCGAUACGGAAGGAGGGAGGCUGCUGGAGGUCGCUCAGCACGGCCCCCGGCCUGGGGAGCCUGAGGGGUGGUGGGGGGGUUCCGAGCCCACCGCUCCCUCUGCCUCCCCCACGCCAUCCCCGGUUCCAACCAGCGCACAACAGGACGGGGCUCAACCCUGCGCCGCUUUAUGCGUGUGGUACUGCCGCGGGGCCUUCCCAGACCCGCAGUGCCUGAUAAAAAGUUUGCCAGACAAUAAAUAAAAAAGAACA